AUGCCUCAGCGCUCGUCAUCCUCAAGUCUGAUGCGCCCCUUCGUGGUGUUGGCUCUACCCGGAAUGUAUCUGCUGUAUAAAUACAAUCAGUACCGUCAGCAGCAAAUGGAGACCGCUCGUCGACGUGUCACCGAGCGAGAGCUUAUGCACCUCAACACCAAAAUUAUCGGAUGUAAAUUAUAUUCUCCAGUACAAAUCGGGUCGAGCUACUCAACUGUAAUUGGUCAUCUCGUUAUGACGUUGUUACUAGCUCAGACCCUGACAAGUUGGAAGUUUGUUCUAAAGACUUAUCUAAAUAUAGCUAAAAGAAAGCACGGCUCAUAA